AUGUUCAAUCAUUUGAGACGGAGUUUUUCGACUCUACGGACUCCCAUUCAUCGUUUGAGUGAACCGCAGAAGGAUGUGACUUUGUUGUGCUGGGUUCGGACUCUGCGGAAGCAUAAGGACGUCGUGUUCGCGGACCUGUCGGAUGGAUUGUCUCCGAAAUACCUCCAAGCCGUAUUUGAUGCCCAGCGAGUCUCGCCGGAUCUCGGCGUGGGAUGUUCUCUGAAAGUCACCGGAGAUUUAGUCGAGAGCCAAGGGAAGUCGCAGCGUCUGGAACUCGUACCGAAGACCUAUGAAAUCAUAGGGAAAUGCAAUCUAGUAAAUUACCCCUUUCGACCGAGGAGGGAAUAUCCGGUGGCUCACGAGAGAGCCCACUUGCACCUCAGACCUCGUCUCAGGAAGUUCGCAGCUCUGCACCGCAUCCGGAAUGAUUUGACGCAGUCCAUGCAUUCGUUCUUCCAGGAACUGGAUUUCUGCCACAUUCAAACGCCAAUCAUCACCUCUAAUGAUUGCGAAGGGGCGGGCGAGGUUUUCUCCAUUUCCCAUCCCAAUGAUCCGAAAGAGAAGGACUCGGCGGAGGAGAAACGUAAUCCAUCAUACUUUCCCUCCCGCUGCCACUUGACAGUGUCAGCCCAGCUCCAUUUGGAGGCUCUGGUUCAUUCCAUCUCCCGAGUUUAUACGGUCCAGCCCGCCUUCAGAGCUGAGAACGCUCUGUCAAGAAAACAUCUUUGCGAGUUUGCAAUGUUGGAAGCUGAACUGACGGUCGAAAAUCUCGAUGAGCUCGUGCGGCUCUCUGAAGGGCUCAUCAAACACUGCUGGCAGGCAGUCCGGACAUCGGAAGAUCUCAAGGCACUGAAGGCAGAAGAGUGGAGAGACAAACUGGACGAGGCUUUGCAGCAAGGUUUCCUCGAGUUGAGCUACGGUGACGCGAUCAAGGAGCUCAAAGGGAGAAAUUUCGAAUGUCCCAUCGAGUGGGGUGACGAUUUCAAAGUUGAACACGAAGAGUUCCUCGUGGCUACAGUUUCUAAGGGGAGACCAGUCGUUGUGACACGUUUCCCCGCGAAAUUGAAGCCCUUCUAUAUGGAAAAAUCAGGUGAAACGGCUGAAUGUUUCGACGUACUCGUUCCGAUCGGUGGCGAAAUAGUUGGGGGAUCGCUGAGGGAAACGGAUCUAGAAACGCUGGGAACACUGAUAGAUGAUCAGAAAAUCGAAGGUUUGGAUUGGUACCUGGAUCUGCGUGAAUACGGCAGUAUCCCCCAUGGAGGAUUCGGCUUGGGCAUCGACCGCCUGAUGCAGUAUUUCACGAACACGAACUCAAUCAAAGAAAUCGUGGCCUUCCCGCGAUGGGAAAGGCACUGUCAGGCUUGAGCUCGGUGAAUAAACGAGAGUCCGUAGUGAAAUUCGGUGAAUAAACGCUCGGCCUCAGGGGGAGAACCGAGAUUCUCUUCCAUGUACACGGCGCCGUGCCGUA